AUGGCGGACUCGCUCCAGAGCGUGCGCGUCCUGCUGAGCUCCACGUGUUUCUUCGCGCUCCUCUUCUACGCCGCCAACCGCCUGUCGGACCGCUUUGUCAAAGUCUAUCGCGACUUUUCCGUCCCAGAACAGGGCGACUGGUGCUCUCGAGUAAACUCGACGAUCCACGCGCUGAUGAUCACGACGGGAAUGGCGUACAGCUUCAGUGAACAGAGCUGGGACGACGACUUGCUGCCUACAAAGGCGAUGCCCAUGUACUUGGCUUCGACGCUCUUUUCCUUCUCCUGUGGCUACUUCCUCUUCGACUUGUUUGUGCUGGUGCUGUGGCAAGUGCCGCUUUGGCGGGUCUUUGUCAUUCAUCACGUUGUAGCCGUGCUACCGUACCUGAUCUACACAAUGCACGCAGGCUGCGGGAUGGACCUGUACCUGCUGCAACUCUUCCUCUUUGUUGAGUUUGCUGUCAUUCCGCUCAACAUCACCACCUUCAUGGAGCAGCUAGGGUUUGGCAAAAGCAAGCUCCACGCGUUCUUCUUCUACGUGACGUACGUCUGCUGGUUCGUAGCUCGUGUGCUGCUGCCAAUCUACAAUGUCUACGUGCUGUGGACAAAGAUCAUCCCCGAUGCACGAACUGCGCCGCUCUGUACGGUGCCUGCAGCUUUUUGUGGCCACGUCAUCUGUGCCUUCUGCGUCGGUGUCUUUGUAUUUGUGUGGACACCAGACAUCCUGGCCAAGUGGCGCGUGCCAGUACUGCAAAUGGAAGAGUAUCCGGACUAUGAGCUCACGAUGCGUCAGUCGAUGACGCCGCGCUCGAACCCGAUAUCGUCGCCUCCUGGUGACCUCGAGAAGUGGGGCACAAGCUACGGGACCGUAUCGGCUGAUAGCCGAGAGCCUCUUUUGAUUCCGAAGUCGGUCGUAUGA